UCUGAAAUAGAAAGACUGUUUUGCUGUUUUGAGGGCUGGCCAGAAUGUUCUGGGCAAAUGACGUAUUCUUGGCAGAUUCCGCGGAUCCUGGGCAGUACAGAUGGGCCCAUUGCAAAUUGGCAGCUUGCGUGGACUCAAUUAUGCAGACACCUAUUCAGGACUGGUUUUCGGUACUGCUGUUUUCAAUAGGACCCUGGAGAUUUCGGGACAACAUAAACUUGGAUCUCUGGAGAUUCUGGGCUGAAUAUGAUUUGUUUGCACGAGUGAUUAGCAAAUGAAGAGCCAUUUAUCGGACUACAAAGCCCCACUGAGAGGCUCCCCUGAAUUUGGCUGAGCCAACUUUGCUCCUGCUGACUCUAUAGAAACCUUUGCACGAUAUGAUAUUUUCACUGAAAAUUAUGUUCACCAGGACUGGAAGGUGCCAUUGCCCUUCAUUUGCGCCUGGCAUGCAGCUCUGGGGCAUAUGCUUGUAGGGACCCCGGCCAUUGCCUUGAGCUGGCAGGUGUUUUGAAGCCUUGCUGUAGGAAACUCCAAGGCUUGAAGUCAAGCUUAGCUGAACGUCCACAGAUGAAGCACGCUUGCUUUGUAGCACAAAUCACACGGGAAACCUCAAGUAGGUAGAUAUUGCAAUUGCAUUUGCCUUUGAAUCAGCUAGUAGUGUAGCCUUGUGCCUGUAAAUCUGCAAUGAUGG